AUGGAUGUCUUCUACUCGUAUACCUAUGGAACAGCAGGGUGGCUUGCCCUCCAAGCGGCUCCAUUAAUCCUGUCUCCGAAGAUAGUGAUUGCUCUUCUGUCACCAGAGGUCCGAGACUCGACACCUCUUGAAGAGUAUUUCUCGCGGUCGUUGGGAAUGGCCCUCCUCGCCUUGGGCGUGAUGGUUGUUCUCCUUACCGGCUCUGUCCCUCUAACAUCCACAUUUUCCGAUACCACCGACGCAGGGGUCACGACCGACAAGGCCGAUCCAAAAGCACCCUACGCGGUGCCUACUUUGACAAUAAGCCUAAUAUACCACUCUGCCGCGACUUUAUACUGCUACAUGAAAUAUACUACCGUGGGUGAAAUGCCUUACAUGCUAGGAGCUGUGGGUUCAGGGGCGCUUGCGAGUGUUGGUUUAUGGUGUCUUCUAUUUGCGAGCAGUAGCGGCCGGAUUAGCAGAAAGACGGGCGCUGAUAAGAGAACCAGCGGGUUUCCUUUCAGCAAUAAGGAGGCUGCGAGUGAGAAGAAAAGGCAAAUGAAGAAGGCAAGCUGA